UAUUGAAAUUUCUCACACCUAUAAAACCAGAACUCAACAAAUCACAAACACUCACACAUAACACAAACACUAAAUCAACACAAUGACUAGUAACCAAAAUUUUAAGAAUGCUGUCAUAGCAUUCUUGGUUCCUCUUCCUUCCAUAAUCUUCUAUCUCACCUUCCUCAACAACUACCACUCAUCAAUCACCAAUCCAAACAACUCUUCUUUUCUCUCAUCUCUAUGGACAUGGUGCUAUCACCACCCUCUCCUCUUCGCCAACGCCCUCUUCUUCCUCAACGUCAAUCUCCUCUUCUGGCUCAUUGGUCAAAUCCAAUCUAGUCACUGGAUGAUUGAUCCAUAUUGGACUGUGAUUCCUGUGAUGCUUGUUCAUUACUAUGCAACUCACCCUUUGGCUCAAUAUGAUUGGUGGAGGUCAAAAGUUGUGAUUUUUUUGACAUGGGUUUGGAGUAUUAGGCUCACUCAUAAUUACUUCAGACGUGAAAAGUGGCAAUGGGGUGCUAGAGAAGAUUGGCGUUUCACUGAGAUGAGUCAACAGUAUGGAAAACAUUGGUGGUGGAUUUCAUUCUUUGCUGUUUAUGUCUCACAGCAGAUGUUUUUAAUUGGACUGUCACUUCCUUUAUAUAUAGUACACUUUGUCAAUAAGCCUUUGAGUAUCUUGGAUUUGGUGGCGGUUCUUGUUUGUUUAAGUGGCGUUGUUAUAGCGUACUUUGCUGAUACACAGCUUCACGACUUUAUGAGUAAAAACGACAAGCUAAAAGGGCUUGGUAAGCCUGUUGUCCCUGUACUUGAAAAUGGUUUAUGGUAUUACAGUCGGCAUCCAAAUUACUUUGGUGAGACACUAUGGUGGUGGGGACUGGUUGCGUUUGCAUGGAGCCUAGGACAUGGAUGGACCUUUGUUGGAGCUUUUGUUAAUACAUUGUGUUUGGUUUAUGUUACUAGGCUUGUGGAGGAGAAGAUGUUGAAACAAGAGAGUAGAGCAGAGGCGUUUAGGCUUUACCAGAAGACAACUUCUGUGUGGAUACCUUGGUUCAAGUCAUUUCCUUUGGGAGUUAAAAAUAAGAAUGCUUGAUGUGUUUUCUUAAUGCAAUGUUUGGUUUUUUGUAAGAUUGUCAUCUUGGUAUCAUGUUGAAUGUUGUGUUUUUUUUCCUUUCUUGAUUAUAUAGUAGAAUCUUGAUUUGCAUGUGUGCUAGUAAUGUAACACCAAUUCUUCAUAUUGUAUGUAUGUUAGAUUGUAUGAUUUGUAUUCCGACACCAACACAACAUUGAUACA